AUGCCUUUUGAAUUUAUUUGCUUAUUUUUCUAUGCGUUUUGGGUGGAUCUUACUUGGAGUGGCGAAAUUUGGGCGCAUUGGAAAAGACUUUUUAUUCUCUCUUGUUUUUUUUUUUUUUUAAUCUGCACGAGGAAGAGACCAGGUCUCAUCUAUUUGCAUAUCCUUGUGCAAUUGUUGAUAUUCGGGAACGUGAUUAUGUUUACACUGGUGGGGUUGGGCCUUGGCGAUGCCAGUGAUAUCACGCUAAAAGGUCUUAAAGCUGUGCAUGAGGCAGACGUUGUGUACUUGGAGGCUUACACAUCAUUUCUCAUUAAUAGUUCUGCAGAGGAGCUGGCCAAUGUUUACGAGAGACCUGUUCUGGUUGCGGACCGAGAGAUGGUAGAGAGUGGGGAAGUCCUGCAGGAAGCUUCAGAUAAAAAAGUUGUAUUGCUCGUUGUUGGGGACGUAUUUGGAGCCACUACACACUUCGACUUGGUGGUGCGAUGCCAUGAGCAGGGUAUUCCUUGCCGCUCCAUCCACAACGCUUCUAUUAUUAAUGCUGUGGGUUGCUGCGGACUUCAGCUCUAUCGGUUUGGCCAAGUAAUCUCCCUCUGCUUCUGGACGGAAACGUGGCACCCAGACUCGUGGUACGACAGACUCAUGUCUAACCGAGAGAUGGGGCUCCACACAUUGGUAUUGCUUGAUAUCAGAGUAAAGGAGAUCUCUGACGAAAACCUGGCGCGUGGACGUAAUGUGUAUGAACCACCACGCUAUAUGCGUAUCAAUGAGGCCAUUGAACAAAUAUUGGAGGUUGAACAGAAGAAAAAGGGCGGUGCAGUGGCGGAAGAUGGAAGCACCAUGUCCAUUGCUCUGGCACGUGUGGGUUCGAAUACGCAGCAAGUCGUCGCUGGAGCAAUGCGGGAGUUACGUGGGCUUGAUUUUGGGGAUCCACUUCAUUCAUUGAUAAUUGCUGGUGACAUUCACACCUGCGAGACUGAACACGUUAACCUCUUUCGCUUAAAGUAA